GCUGAUCAGCCCUCAGGUACCACUGCCACUUUAAAGAUGCCUAGACCUAGCAUCCGGACCGGAGACAACUUGAUGUUGUUGUCCCCGUUUAUGUACAGCAGGUCUGUUGUCCGGCCGUCAAGAUGACCACACGCCAGGCCGCCUAUGCGCCGACACCACACAGCUAUGUUCCAGACACAACGCUGUCUGCAACAAUCAAUCUGGAUGAGGAGGUGAAGCUGGCAGAGAGUCGCGCCGAGCGCGACUUGCAGGACUCUCUGGCCGAGAUAUUUUCCAUCAUUGUCACUCUCGACGAGCUGGAGAGGGCUUUCCUGAAAGAUGCGAUACCCGAAGCAGAUUACACUGAGAUCUGCGAGCGGUCACUGAAGCAGUACAAGUCCAUCACUUCAGACGAGGCAGUGGCAAAGGCCUUUGUCGGGCUCGAAGAGUUCAAGGCAGAGUGGGAUCUCGAGGUACCCAGGGCGACUGAGCGUCUCAAGGCUGGGAUGCCGUCCACAGCACUGGUGGUACCCACCGGCACUGCCGCUCAACCUGCCGCAGCAACAAACAACAAGUCUGGCGCACUGAUUCUGGAGGCGACACAGGACUUUAUCACGUUCCUCGACGCCUUGAGGCUGGGACUUCUUGCUAAGGACCAGCUGCAUCCCCUCCUCACUGACGUGAUCCAGAGCGUCAACAAGGUCACCGAUCGCGACUUUGAGAACAGAGGCAAGAUUGUCCAGUGGCUCAUCACACUAAACCAGAUGAGGGCGACCGAAGAACUCAGCGAGCACCAAGCGCGCGAGCUGGAGCUCGACAUCAAUUCUGCAUAUCUGGGUUUCAAGAACACCUUAUGAGCGAGUUUUUCUGAGCACACGCGGUUCCUAGCAUAUACAAUAAUUGUCCAUAAAGAAAAGCUUGCAUCCAAGCUUGCAAUAGAUGAAAGCUAUCUGUCACCA